UCUGCUAGAUCUAGAAAUUCUGACAUUGAAAAAGUAGGGUUAGGAUUUUCAACAUUUUUAUUUACACACAUGAUUUAGAUCAUUAUAAAAAUUGUGAAAAUUAAACUUUUAAUUAAUCUAGGUGUAAAAAAAGGCUUAAUAUAUUUCACUUCCUGUCAAAAUGGAUCAUUUUAGUUCUCAAUUAAUGGAGGAUAUUGUAGUCGAAGGAAAAAAUUCUGCUCCAGUUAAAACAUUUGUGAAACCGAAAAUAAAAAAUUCGACUUCAUCAAAUGGCACAGGGACCAAUAAUUCAAAACCUUUGAAACCAAGAAAACUCAAAGUUGAAUUGCCAACUUUGAGAAUUUCAGAAGAUUCAGAAAAAUUACUUUACGAAACACUCAAACAUGUCUGUGGGGAGGAUUUCAAACUUUUGGAUUCUUCCGAAUUUCAAAAUAAAAGUACGAAUUUAGGUAGACAAUAUUGGCUGGAAAGGGGAAAUUUAGUGAUUAAAGGUGUCAUGGAUUUUUCAUCGAAAGACUCAGCGCCAAAGUCUCAUGAAGAAAUUAUUCGACAAUUCGCCACGUCCACUCUUGAAUCAUAUAGCUUUCAUAAUUCACACUGUGUUGAGGCAUUGUCUUAUUCAAAUGGAAAUGUUGGCAAGGCAUUAGAAAUUCUUUUCUGUAAAUAUUUCCAAGUUAAGAAAAGCAAUGCAAUUGAAUUAGAAAAUUUAGAAGAGAGUGAUAUUGUACAAAGACAAAUUGAAGAAAAAGAGGCCUUGGAAUCAAUUUAUGGUGAUAUGUUCGUUGAAAAGAUUAAGAAUCAAAUUUGGAUAAUUAAAUUGAAAUUAGAAUAUUUAAUGAACAAAAAGGAGGAUAAUAAAAAAGUGAAACCAAAAACAACCGAAAAAGAAAUAUGCCGAUUAUUUUUACACGGAAAAUGUCGAUUUGGUGCAAAAUGUAAAUUUUUACAUCAAAAACCUCAAGUCGAUAAAGAAGCAAAAAAUAAAAGUUCAGAGGAUGAUCCUUACUUUAUAUUAGAAAUUCGCUUUCCAGAAGGUUCUAAAUAUCCGUACGAAGCGCCGUAUUUUUAUUUCUCAAAAAAUGAAUCUUCCUUUUGUAAAUUAAAAAGUUUGAGAAUAAUUAAAAGAUUAUAUGACGAGGCAUUGCAAUAUUGUGAGAAUGGUACACCGUCGAUUUUCGCGAUAACAUCAUUAUUGGAAAAUGAAUUGGAAAUAAAAACACAUUUGGAGGAAUGUAAAGAACAAUUUCUCGAUAAAGAUGAUAAAUUGUUUCCGAAAUUGAAAAAAGACGGCAAUGAUGGUAAUAGACCGACACAUCAUGCAAAAGGUGGUACAGACAAGAGGAAUAAAUCAAAUAUCUCUUGGGAACAAAUUGUCAAAAUGGACGAUGAAAUAAGAAGGAAAUUUUUCGAGAAACAACGAAAUUCACAAUAUUUAAAAAUGAAAGUCGAACGAAGAAAAUUGCCCGCCUGGUCAAUGAUGGACGAAAUUCUCGAUACCAUUCACGAGAACCAGGUUACGAUUAUUUCCGGUGAAACCGGAUGUGGUAAAAGUACACAGGUUCCGCAAUUUAUUCUCGACGAUUGGAUUUUGAAUAGAACAAAGGAAAAUGAAGAUCAUGUGGAAAUUAUUUGUACACAACCGAGAAGAAUUAGUGCAAUUGGAGUUGCGGAUAGAGUUGCCGCCGAAAGAGAUGAACGUGUUGGACAAACGGUCGGUUAUCAGAUACGAUUAGAAAGCAAAAUGUCUAGUAAUACAAGACUGACUUUUUGUACAACUGGAAUUUUACUGCAAAGAUUAUCUGGAGAUCCGAGACUAACGUCUGUUACGCAUAUCAUUGUCGACGAAGUUCACGAAAGAAGUGCCGAAAGCGAUUUUCUACUGAUGCUUUUGCGUGAACUUUUAAAAAAUCGUCACGAUUUGAAAAUAAUAUUAAUGAGCGCAACAUUGAAAGCAGAUGAAUUUUCAAAUUACUUUGGAACAACACCAAUUCUCGAUAUUCCUGGCCGAACAUUUCCCGUUGAGCAAAUAUUUCUCGAGGAAUUAUUUGAAAAAAUUAAUUAUGUUUUUGAGGAAAAUUCCAAGUUCAGUCGACGAAUUCGUGGCGAUUGGGAACAAUUGCAAAUCGAUUUAGAAACAAUGGACAUUGAAUCGAAUGGAUUAAGUGAACCAAAGGAUCAUAUUCCAGAUCAUAAUCUUACAUUACCGCAACUUGUUGGUCGUUAUCCUGGUUAUGAAUUGCCAACUUAUAAAGCUCUCUAUCUUAUGGAUCCCGAUAAAAUAAAUUACGAACUUCUUGAGCAAACUUUGGAAUGGAUCGUUGAUGGUGUUCACGAUUAUCCCCGAAAUGGAUCAAUUGUUGUAUUUCUGCCGGGAUUUGCGGAGAUUCUCACCGUGAAAGACUCAUUGAGAGAUAGUAAAAUUUUUUCAGCGAAGAGAGGACGAUUUUUGGUUAUUCCCUUGCAUUCGUCGUUGUCGAGUGAGGAGCAGGCGUUGGUAUUUAAAAAACCAAAUGAGGGAAUUAGAAAAAUUGUUUUGAGUACAAAUAUUGCAGAGACAUCGGUUACAAUAGACGAUUGUGUUUUUGUGAUAGACGCGGGGAAAAUGAAGGAAACAAGAUUUAAUUCCAAUCAAAAUAUGGAGAGUUUGGAAACUUGUUGGGUAUCAAAAGCAAAUGCUCUUCAACGAAAGGGACGUGCCGGUCGAGUUAUGCCUGGAGUUUGUUUCCAUCUUUAUACAAGUCACAGAUUUACUCACCAGUUUAGUGCGCAGCCUAUUCCUGAGAUAUUGAGGAUACCACUGGAGGCAUUAAUAUUACGAAUUGAAAUCAUGCAUAAUGGAAAGAAAGUUGAUUUCCUGAAAAUUUUAGGACAAAUGCUCGAGUCUCCAUCGAGAGAGAAUAUAAAUGCUGCGACAAAACGAUUACAAGACGUUGGUGCAUUUGAUUCCGAAUUAAUUUUAACACCACUGGGCCAUCAUUUAGCAGCUUUGCCAGUCGAUGUAAGAAUAGGAAAAUUAAUUCUAUUUGGUGCUAUUUUUUGCUGUUUGGAUUCAGCUCUGACAAUUGCGGCCUGUCUCUCGCACAAAAGUCCCUUCGUCUCUUCUUUCGAGAGAAAACACGAGUUGAAUAUCAAGAAAAAAGAAUUUGCAGUCGCCAAUUCCGAUCACUUGACAACCCUAAAAGCUUACAAGAAAUGGUUGGAAAUUUCCUAUAACAAUCCCCAGGCGAGUUAUAGUUUUGCGAAUGAAAACUUUUUAUCGAUAAGAACAUUGCAAACAUUGGCUGAUAUAAAGUAUCAACUAUUGGAAUUAUUGAUAUCAAUUGGUUUCGCGCCAAUAAUGAUAAGAAGACGACAAACUGGAGUUGAUAGAAUUUUAGAUAUGACUGGCUUCGAUCUUAAUGCAAACAAUGAAAAUUAUAAACUCCUUCAAGGCCUCUUGUGCGCUGCACUUUAUCCAAAUGUCGUUAAAGUAUUCACGCCUGAGAAAUCAUUUCAAAUGCAAUCAACUGGCGCAAUACCGCGGCAACCAAAACCUGAGGAAUUGAAAUUUCAAACGAAACAAGAUGGACUUGUCAAUAUACAUCCGUCGUCGAUUAAUUUCACAGUGGGACAUUAUGCGAGUCCCUAUAUUGUCUUCCAGGAGAAAAUAAAAACGAGUAAAGUUUAUAUCAAAGAAUUAUCAAUGGUACCAAUGUUGCCAUUAAUUUUAUUCUCGGGCUAUGGAAUUAGUGUUGAGCAGCAUGAUGGAAUUUUUGUCUUGUCCUUGGAGGAUGGAUGGAUAAUGUUCCGAGUUGAUUCAGACAGGGUGGCACAAUUACUUCAAUAUGCGAGAAUCGAAUUAGUUAAAUUAUUAGAAUUAAAGAUGCAAGAUCCACUUUUAAAUCUUUUGAAUCAUCAAUAUGGGAAGAAAAUUAUCAAGGCAAUUGUAAAAAUAAUAUCGAGCAAUUAGAUUUUUACUUUUUUUUCUCUCUUUUCUUUUGUAAAAUAGAAACAAUUAAUUACUGUGAAAAUUUGGAUUUCGACUUUAUUGAAUUUGUGAUGAAUGAGAAAAAAAAUAGAUUAUUUAUUAAUUCAAUUUUUACAAUUGAAUCCAGAGAUAUUACAUGAAUUAACGUUUUAUGAAUAAUUUAUUUUUUAAUGUAAGAAAAAUGAAAUAAAGAUUGAUUUUUGUAUUCUAAA